AGAGGUAGAUAGCAAUCAUUGCGUCAUUAUAUUAGACGUUUCCUUGGGAAAAAGGCUUUGCAUAAAUACACAGUGUAAUAAAGGAACUGUGUAAUAUUAACUGCUGUCCUUUGCUGGAUGCAGCUUCACUCCACCGAGCAGCCUUCACAAGAAAAAAUGUCAACCGGCACAAUGGUGUCCAACUGCACUGAUGUCAUCCCUCAGCUCUGGAAGUACUACCUCUGUCCAAUGUAUGCAGUGGAGUUUGCCAUCGGCUUCGUCAGCAACCUCGUGGUGAUCUUGGGCUACAUCUUCUGCCUCCCUUCUUGGAAGUCCACCAACGUGUACCUGUUUAACCUGGCCCUGUCGGACCUCAUCUUCCUGUGCACCUUACCCCACCUGUCCUACAUCUACGCCCACAACCUGAGCAAGAUCAUUCCCCCCCUCUGUGUGGUUAACCGCUACAUCCUCCACGUCAACCUGUACUCCAGCAUCCUCUUCAUGGUGUGGGUGAGCGUGGAUCGCCUCUUGGUCAUACGGCACCCGCUGCGCAACCAUUUCUUGCUGACCUGCAAGGGCUCCCUCUUUGUCAGCCUCCUGACCUGGGUCUGGGUCAACAUUCAGGUAAUACCACUCAUGGCCUUCAUCAUACAGGACUUGGAGUCUAGUGAAUGGACCAAGUGUAAUGACUUUGGAAGCCUCUCUGAGACCAAAGGCACUCUGAUCUACAGUCUGGUGCUCACCGUCACUGGAUACGUGCUACCUCUUCUGGCCUUGUUUCUGUCUUCUUUGAAGAUGGUUUCUCUGCUCCUGAUGCAGGAGCAGGUGUUAGGUACCUCCUUUCAGAAGCCCCUGAAGAUCGUGAGGGCGGCCGCCAUCAUGUUCCUGGUGCUCUACACGCCCCUCCACGUGAUGAGGAACGUGCGGAUAGCAUCGCAGCUCUCGGAACUUACGUUUUCUCUGUGCUCCAAAGUCUACAUCGAAGCGGUGUACAUAGUGACGCGGCCAGUGGCCUUCGCCCACAGCGCAGUAAACCCCAUCUUCUACUUCCUUAUGACGGACAGGUUUAAAGAGCUCAUACAGGACAAGCUCAGGCAGGUUAGAAGGAUGUUAACCUGA